AUGCCGCCGUCCCUCGCACCGCUCGUGCACGCCCUCGCCUUCAAGCUCGCCCUCUCCUCGUCUCCCUAUUCUGCCUCGUGCCUUAUUACCCUAUACUCCCGAGCCCGCUCCCCCUCGUCCGCCCGCCACCUGUUCGAUGAAAUCCCCGUUGCAAAUCGGGACCCCGUCUGCUAUUCUUCCACGAUUGUUGGGCUCGCACAGAACGGGCGGUACGAAGAAUCUCUCUCUGUGUUCGCUGUUAUGCGCACAAAUGCUGUUGAUUCUACCAUGUAUGCACUGUCCGGUGCUCUCUGUGCCGCUGCAGGGCUUGCUGUGCUGGAGCAGAGCUGUGGGAUUCAUGCGCAUGCGGUGGUGGUUGGGCUUGAUGGAAAUGUGGCUGUUGGGACCGCCCUGGUGGAUGCUUAUGGUAAGGCUGGAGUUGUGGAUGAUGCUGCUAAGGUUUUUGAGGCGUUGGGCGGUGACCGGAACCUGAUCACAUGGAAUGCGGUGCUGUCUGCUCACGCUCAGCAGGGAGAUGUGCAAGCGAUCAUUGGGCUGUUUAACCAGAUGAUGGAGCUGGGUUUUGCUCCUGAUGGGCUAACAUUCCUUGCUGUUCUCACGGCAUGUAGUAAUGCCGGAGCAGCCACUGAAGCUGAGUUUUGGUUGGAAGCAAUGCAGUUGAAGUACAGUGUGAAGCCUAGCCUUGAGCAUUAUACUUGCGUGGUGGGUGCAAUGGCACGGGUGGGACGUCUAGAGGAUGCAGAGAGUGUUGCUUGUACAAUGCCAUGCAAACCAGAUGCAGCAGUGUGGCGGACACUUCUAAUGGGCUGUGUGGUUCACCGCAAGGUUGACAUGGCAGAAUCCAUGGGACAGAGGCUUCUGGAGAUUAAUCCCAAGGAUGACUCAACUUAUGUCAUGCUUGCCAACGUGUACUCAGCAGCUGGGAAAAAGAAUGAGGAGGCCAAGGCAUGGACUGCAAUGAGGGAUCGUGGAGUCAGGAAGGAAGGUGGCCGGAGUUGGAUUGAGGUCAGAGGGCUGGUACAUGUGUUUGUUGCAAACGAAAGAAGGCAUGAACAGCUGCUAGAGAUAUAUGACAAGGUGAAUGAAUUGAUUCAAGAGGUAGAGAAGUUAGGGUACAAGGAGGCAGAUGAGGGUUUCAGAGAAGAUUCACUUUCCAUUACUUCAGUUUCAGAGAAGACAAUGAAGUGA